AUGGUGUUCAAACACUACCGCGAGGAGGACGAGGAGUACGAGGACGAGGAGGAGUACGAGGACGAGGAGUAUGAGGAGGAAGAAGAAGAGGAAGCCGAGGCCGAGGUCGCCGCCGCUGAAGCGGAGCCCGAGGCUGAGGAGGCUGAGGAGGCCCCAGUUGAGGAGCAGAGGUCUCGCCCUGCCCCGCCACCCCAGCGCACCCCAUCUCCCGUCGAGAUGACCGAGGCCGAGCAGGCUAUGCUUGCCGCCAAGAAGCGCCAUGAAGAGGAGGAGAAGCUGAAGAUGCUUGACUACGAGGAGCGCAGGAAAGUCGAGAAGGCCCAGAUGGAGACCGAGCUCCGUGAGCUCAAGGAGAAGCAGGAGGUCCGCCGUCGUGAGCGCCAGCAGGAGGAGCAAGAGUUCGAGGAGCGCCGCCGUCACGCCGAGGAACGCCGUCGUCAGGAGGAGGACGAGAGGAAGGCCAAGUCCGAGGCCGAGAAGCGCGCCAAGAUCGAGGAGAAGCAGCGCCGCUCGCAGAUGAUGGCCGGCGCGUUCAGCGCCGCCGCCGCACCCCCCGGAGCCGGCCGCAACUUCACCAUUGACUCCAAGGGUGACCAGGCCAACCAGUUCGGCAACCUGACCGGCGCCAAGCCCAACAAGCAGGCCGUCAGCGCCGAGCAGGCCAUCGCCGCCAAGAAGGCCUUCUUGGACGCGGCUUGCCGUCAGAUUGACAUCUCCGGACUCCUGCCCAACGACCUGAAGGAGAAGAUCAAGCAGCUGCACGCCCGCAUCUGCCGUUUGGAGGCCGAGAAGUACGACUUGGAGAAGCGCCACGAGCGCCAGGAGUACGACCUGAAGGAGUUGAGCCAGCGCCAGGUGCAGGUGGCCCGUCAGAAGGCUAUCGCUCGCGGACUUGACCCGGAGGAGGCUGCUUCCUCUGUCCACCCGCCCAAGCUCCAGGUUGCCUCCAAGUUCGAUCGCCAGAUCGACCGACGCAACUACGGCGACAAGCGCGGCCUCUUCGAGAACCCGAACAUCCCCAAGCCGAAGUCGAUCGUCCGUGGAACCGCCCGCCCGCCGCCGGAGUGGGGACGCAAGAACAACGAGGAGCUCGAGCAGAUCCGCAAGAACCUUGAGCCGCCAAAGUACGUCGAGCAGGCCCCGGUUGAGGAUGCGCGCCCGCCGGUCAACCCGAGCCCGCUUGUCAUCCCUACUGAGGACUUCGACGAAUCUGUCCCGCAAUACGGACAAGAUGACGGUGAGGAGCCGGUCGAUGGAGAGGCCCCCGAAAUCCUGGCCGAA